GUAUCCCGUACUCAUGGCCUAGACAAUGCCUGGAACAUAUCUGACACUCAGUACAUACUCCUCCAAUGCAGGAAAGAUAUUCUUAGUAAAAGAGUAAAAUGCACGACCUCUGUUGGGGAAUGCGGAGAAUGAGACCAAAAUGCCUAAUCAGAGAUGUAAUGAGAGGGAAUCCUUUCAAGGGGACAAUCCAUACACAAGACAAUGAAAUUAACUUCUUGACUGCACAAUAUAAAUUGGACCCUUUCAACUAUGUGAGUCAUGCCUUCAGGUGAAAAUUGAUGAUAUCUCUUUCCUCUUUCCGGGGGCCAGUUCAACCUCAUGGAACCAGGAAAUGAUACACGACUAUUAGAAUUUCUGCUUCUGGGAUUUUCAGAGGGACCAGAACUUCAGCCCCUCAUAUUUGGGCUUUUCCUCUCCAUGUACCUGAUCACUGUGUUUGGGAACCUGCUCAUCCUCCUGGCCGUCAGCUCUGACUCCCACCUCCACACCCCCAUGUACUUCUUCCUGGCCAACCUGUCCUUUGUAGACAUCUGCAUCACCUCCACAAUCAUCCCGAAGAUGCUGGUGAACAUCCAGACUCAGAGUAAAGUUAUAACCUAUGACGACUGCAUCACACAGAUGGACUUUUUCUUAAUCUUUUCAGUGUUGGACAUGUAUCUCCUGACCAUGAUGGCCUAUGACAGGUUUGUGGCCAUCUGUCACCCCCUGCACUACACAGUCAUCAUGAGCCCUCGGCUCUGUGCACUGCUGGUCCUGGUGUCCUGGAUCAUGAGUGUCCUGCAUUCCUUGUUACAAACCUUAAUGGUGUUGCAGCUGUCCUUCUGUACAGAGGUAGAAAUCCCCCACUUUUUUUGUGAACUCAAUCAGAUGACCCAACUGGCUUGUUCUGACACCUUUUUUAAUAACUUGGUGAUGUAUCUUGCAGCUAUGCUGCUAGGUGGUGGUCCCUUCAUUGGGAUCCUUUACUCUUACUCCAAGAUAGCUUUCUGCAUACAGAGAAUCUCAUCAGCUCAGGGGAAGUAUAAAGCAUUUUCCACCUGUGCAACUCACCUCUCCGUUGUCUCUCUAUUUUAUUGUACUGGCCUGGGAGUGUACCUCAGCUCUGCUGCUACCCAGGGCUCCCACUCGAGUGCCACAGCCUCGGUGAUGUACACGGUGGUCACGCCCAUGCUGAACCCCUUCAUCUACAGCCUGAGGAACAGAGACAUAAAGGAGGCUCUGAGGAGAUUCUCUGGGAUGGUAGCUAUAAAAGUUCCAAUUGUCCUGGGGUUGAAGAAUUUCCCAUGA